CUUUAAUAAAACUAACAUUUUUAUUUAGUUGAAACAUCAUUAUCAUGUCAAGCGUUAACCAACAAUAUAACCCCGUUUUAAAGGAUAAGGUCAAAGAAACAGCAAUCGGGUUCGUUAUUGGCGGCCUAGCCGCAUGCGGUGCAGUUACUUUUACAAACCCAUGGGAGGUAGUAAAGACACGACUUCAAUUACAAGGAGAAUUAGUUCGAGCAGGUGCCUUGACAGAGGCCUCACGACCUUAUCAUAACAGUAUUCAAGCCCUAAAGCUUGUCUUUCAACAUGAGGGUGUUCGAGGUGCGCAACGAGGUUUGAGUGUUGCUUAUCUUUACCAAAUUUGUUUAAAUGGGAGUCGAUUGGGCCUUUAUGAACCCGUGAAUACAAAUAUUGUGAAAGCCCUCAAUCUACAAUCCGACACCAGCAAACUUAUUUCAGGUAUCUUCUCAGGAGCCUUUGCAGGCGUUGUGGGUGCCGUGUUGGGAUCUCCACUCUAUUUAAUCAAAACUCGACGACAGUCGUAUUCUCCUAUCUUUAAAAAUAUCGGUUACCAGCAUGAGAUGGAAUCCAGUUACAAUGCGCUAAAACAAAUUUUCCGAGCAGAAGGUGUGAAAGGUUUAUAUCGUGGCGCAGACGCAGCCAUGGUCAGAGCAGGCGUCGGAUCAGCUGUACAAAUGCCCACUUACAUGUUGGGAAAAGACCUUUUAGUCAACCGAUUUCAAUUUCCUGAUACAGUCGGGACACACUUUGCCACUUCCAUGUUUACAGGUGUCCUGGUUUGUUUGGCAAUGAACCCAUUUGAUGUUAUUUCAACUAGAAUAUAUAAUCAAGGCGUAGAUCCUGCUACCGGAAACGGUUUAUUAUACAAGAGCCCAGCAGAUUGCUUUGUCAAAAUCGUUAAAAUUGAAGGUGUGCGGGGUCUGUAUAAGGGCUUUUUGGCGCAUUAUCUUCGUAUUGGGUAAAUUUAUUUCCACCGUUGACAGUAUACUGUAGUGCAUAAUGACUGAUAGGUAACACGCUAACCUUAAAAUUUUCUAAUUUCGCUUAGGCCUCAUACAACUCUCAUGUUUGUUUUCAUGGAGCAGUUAAAGCAAAUUUACAGUAGACAUAUCGCAUUUUAGAUUUAGAAAAAAAAAAAAAAAAAAAAAGAAAAAGCAAAAA